AUGGCUAAGGCUGUAGAACUCGUUGCCUCUGCCCUCUGCCUCUUGGCCCUGUCUGGAUUGGUCCACGGCAACGACAAAAACAAAGACAGCAAGUUCACCGUCGAAGGCAAGGUUUUCUGCGACCCAUGCCGUGUACAGUUCAUUACCAAGUUGAGUCAAUUCCUCGAAGGUGCAGAAGUGGUCCUGGAAUGCAGAAAUGUGGAGACCGGAAAUGUGACAUACUCCGUUAACGGAAAAUCUGGCAAAGAUGGGAACUACACUCUAAAGGCAGAAGGAGAUCACGGUGACGAGGUUUGUGAGGUGGCAGUGGUGUCAAGUCCCCAACCUGACACAUGCGGUGAAGCCAUGGAUGAAAUAGCCCCGGUCACCCUCACCGAUAUUGAAUCAAACUCCGAUAUUCGCUACGCCAACUACAUCGGCUUCAUGAAGAAGGACCCCGAUGCCGAGUGCACCCAAGUGCUCGAGGAGUUGGGUAUCUACCCUGAUGAUCCUGAUGAGGAUUAUGCCGAAGAUGAUGGAUCUGCUCCAGAAGAACCUGCAGCACCUGCCAAUUAAAUUAAAUAAGCUAGCC